AUGGAACACGACAGAACAGUUAGGGAUCUGUUCCCUGCCCUGGCUGUGCAAUUAGAACGAGAAACAAGCGAAACUCCAUCCAUUGAAUCUGAUGAUUCUGCCGUUGCGUUUCUAACCACCGACGUCCACGACUCUGACGGUGAACCUACUUCGCCGGUGCCUCCUGUGCCUCUUCCACCUUUGCUUCCGUCCAAUUCGGAGAACAAAGCUUCCACCCCCCCUGCUUCUUCUCCAGAGUCUCCUCGACAGGACACCCCGGACCGUUGGACAACUACCCAAGUUCCGAGCACUCCUGUUAGGUCGACUCGAGUUCGAUUUACUCCACUUGGAAGGAAUUCUGAGGAGUACCUCCCUACAGCGAGCCACACUUGCACUAAUACAGGUUCUACCAAUGAAGAUGAACACGAUACGGACGUGACUCCCAUUGCCACUUCUAGAAUAAAACCUCUCGUCAACGAACCUCGUGAGGAUUCCACCUCAGAGUCGGAUACCACUUCAGACUCUACGAAUGCAAAUGAAUCCCCCAAGGACGUGACUCCCAUUGCCGCUCCUAGGAUAAAACUCUUUUUCAAACCGAAGUCUCGUCAGUCCACCCGGGACUCUAUUCCCUCAACUGUUCCAUCCGACCCCGGUAGCAGCGAACAUCUUUCGUCCCCUACCAAACCCGGCAGUCAAUCGUCCAAUAUGGUUCCUCCUAAGCCUAGUGCUGAAAGCACCUCUCAUGAGUCUUCUUCUGACUACGAGACAUCGACUAGUAUCGAUGCUACUUCGGAGCUCCCCGCUACCAGUGAGUCUCCUAAGCCCAAUUCAAGCUCUGACGAAGCUCCGUCCCGGGAUGCUGGCUACCUGUCUCCUUUGGAUUUCGUCCCUUCUACUCCACCGGGCCCUGCAAUAAACCCUUCACUCGAUCCAUCCAUGGAUCCUUCAAUGGACCCUUAUAUGGAUCCUUAUCAGUCAAGUGAUUCAGCAGUUAUGCCAGGGAUCACCCCGUUCGAAGACCCAAAUGUCCUCCCAUCCACAUUCAUGUACCCCGAGGAGACUCUUGACUACAGCAUCUUGCCCAUUGACCCCAUGGGGGUGUACACCCCGGAGCAGUAUGCACGCAUCCUGGCGUCUGAGCAGGAGGUCCUGCGUGAAAUGGCUGACCCCCAUACCGAUACUCCAAUGUAUGUGUAUGGCCGGAGAGUAGAGCCACAUUACACUACAGUUGCCGAUCUGGACCGUAUCUUUGCUGAGAUGGAAGCCGCUUCUGCUGGCAUAGAUAUUCUACAGCCUGAAUAUUGGGCUGCUAUCGGCCGCGAUCUGCCCGGUCCAUCUCAACCAGGUGCACUGGUGUCUGAUCAACCCGCCCAUGCUCAAUCGGCAUCUGAGACUUUGCCGUCAGUGGAGGAAGCAGAAGCAGGCUCAGCCAGAAAGCGUGCCCGACACAGUUCACCGACAGCAAAGAGCUCGACCCCAGAGCUAUCAACCACAAUUUCAGCCAGAACUUCAAUCUCGAACCAACGCCGCAGCACCUCAUCUAAGACCAAGACCAUGAGUUCUCCGCCUGCAUCAAUACCAACACGCCGUCAUUCCAAGAACGAAGUCGCGACACCAUCCGCACCGGCCUCAGCACCAUCUCGACGCCGCUCCAAAACCAAGGCAAAGACCGAGAUCGCUACUCCAGAGGUCCCGGUGACCGUCUCCCCACGCCGUCUGCGCAGCUCGGAUGUCAUGCCGAGCUCCAGCACAAAGAAGAACCCCAAGGGUAAUGCAACCCCAGAGUCAUGGGAGACAGCACCUACCGCAGACAAGAUGAUGUCACAGAUGAAAGAGUCGUCGAUGUCGUGGACGGACGUCACCACAGCAUGGAAUGAGAAUCGAGAUAAAUCGGACAGCGAGAUGACAUGGCGAGCACUGAGCAAGCGAUGGGGACGAAUCAAGGAUAGAAUUGGUCCCUGGCCCGGUUUUGACGAAGUUCUUCUGGAUACUUUGGGAGCGUUCGAUCCGAAGCUGGAUGACGAUGACUUUGCGCAGAUUGCUGAGGAAGUUUCCAGUGGGCUUGGCUGGGAUGUUUCCAGCGCGGCUUGCCGUGUUCGAUACGUAGCCCUCAAGGAGUCUGGCAAGAUCAAUGUGAAGGCGAAAGGGAGGGCACGGAAGUAA